UUGGUUGUUGUAGCGAACUUAGUCGGAAUAUAUUUGUCUGCUUCAUUGCGCUUGAAUAUUUAUCGAUCGUCAUGGCUAACUCUAGCAGUAUUUUAGAUCGGGUUCUCUCUGACUUAAAAAAAAGUGAUGAUGUUGCUUUGCUUAAGACCUUUGAGGAAUUAUGUGGUAUAUAUAAUUCUUCUCGUUUCUUAAUGCCUGAAGAGCAUUUUCCUUUAAUUGGACGAUCUUUGUAUCGUGAUGUAAAUGCUGAGACAGUCUAUUUGCCUCAUCAUGUGAAGGCCGACAAUACGAAGCCAUCGGUUGCUCUAAGAUCUGAACCAUCUGGAAAUUGUCUAUACAGCUCUGCUUCUCUGGCCUUGGUUGGAAGCAAUGCUCUCAUUCACACUUUGAGAGCUAUGGUAUCUAUAGAGCUUUUUAUAUAUGCAAAUUAUUAUUGUUAUCAUCCAAUAUUCACUUCCACCUUAGAGAAGCAUGGUGACAAGGUCUCUGUUAGUGCAAAAAAUGUUUUGGCUAUGUCCUGUUGUUUUGAAAGUGUGGAUUCACGUUUAUCAGGGCUUGAUCUUGUUAAAAUGGAAGCUCUUUGCAACUGUAGAGAUAAAAUUUGGGGUAGUUUUUGUGUAUACUUGCUCUCUCCUCAGUUACUAAUAGAAUCAUUUCUUUGAUGUAUCCUGAUUGUGGAGAAGUUUCUUUUAAGUUGUUAUUCAACCAAAUUAUUUCACCUCGUCUUCCUUUACCAACACCACCUACUCAAUAUAACUAUUUAUACCUCUUGUUUUGUUCUACAACUCUAUUGACUUCUAGUAAAGUCUUUAAGCCAAAUCACUUUGCACCUCUUAUUUUCAAACCUAUCAGUAAAACUAAAAGAAAGGCUUCUGCUUUGUUAGAAAAAGCUAACAAGAAAAUUCCUCAUGUUCAGGCAAAGUUGAAAGGAGAGUCUUCUACUGUUAACAUUUCUAAUUUUUUUCAACCAGUUUCAACCCCAGCAAGUAAUAAGGCUAAAAAAUUUAUUUUGCCCAAAUUAUUUAGUACUACACAAACACAAUCAACACAAUCAAACACAAUUAAUACAUAACCCAAAACAAGAACUUUUGCAAUCAUUUUCAUUAGAUUUUUCACAGCAAUAUCCAAAUGAUGUGAGAUAUUUUAGAGAAAAAGCUAGAAAUAUGAAUGAUUCUCAAAAGCUCCAGCUCAUUCACAAUGUUUUUAAACCGAAUAGAUCCUACCCAUUUCCUAAAUCAGCUGAUGGUCGAUCUUUUCUUUAUUCGUGGCUGGAAGAUUAUUCUUGGUUGUGUUACUCCCCUUCUUUGGAUGGUGCUUUUUGUCUGCCUUGUGUUUUGUUUGGUGAUCAGUUUCCGAAUAAAAAUACAAAAAUUAAAAAACUUUUUAGUGAACCAAUGAGAUAUUGGCCUGAUGCUAAAGCUUGCUUCAAACGCCAUAUUGGUUUGAGUUCUAAGGCUCUCACCAGAGCAGGUUUGCACGAAAGCACACGUAAUAAAUAUUUGUCAUUAGUUGGUCAGGCAUCAGGAGAAGGACUGCAGAUUGAGGUGUUGAUUGAUGAGCACAAACAGCAAGUCAUCAGGCAAAAUAGGGAAAAACUUGUAUCAAUAAUUGAUACUAUUAAACUUUGUGGUAGACUUGGGUUAGCAUUAAGAGGGCACCGUGAUGAUUCUUCAUAUCAUCCGGAGGUUGGUUCUUACUCAAAAGGUGGUGUUGGUAACUAUGUUGAAUUGUUAAAUUUUCGUGUUCGGGCUGGUGACACAGUUUUAGCUGAUCAUUUGAAAAACUGUCCAAAGAAUGCUUCUUAUAUUUCAAAGACUACUCAAAAUGAUCUAAUUGCUGCUUGUGGACAGGUUAUCACUGAAAAAAUAACUAGUGAAA